UCGWAUUUUUUGUCUGCACGAGCCGGUUUAUCCGUGGUAAGACGUUUCAAAUCUGUCGUUUUAGUUACCAACUUUUAACCGAAUUUGUGAUAUUUGGUCAAAGAUAUAUUGAGAGACUCGGUAGUUCGGUAACUAAGAUGAUGGAUGCUCUGUCUGUGGUGACCCAGCUCCGGGACCUGGCGUCGGAGCCCCAGAACCGGGAGGCAAUAGUCCAGGACCAGGGCUGUCUCCCCGGCCUGGUUCUCUUCCUGGACCACCAGGACCCGCAAGUGCUGUUCGCAACCCUGCAGACUAUGCGCUACCUGGCAGAGUGGCCCCUGAACAUCACCACUAUGAAGAAUGAACUGGGUAUGAUGGUCAGCCUGGUGACCCUGAUGGAGAGGAGUGGUUUGUGUGAUGACAUCAAUGUCCUGUCGCGGGAGGUGUAUGGAAUCCUGAGUGCCCCAGCCCCCCCCAGCCCAGAGAGAGAGAGGAGAAGAAACAAACCCCAGUUCUUCCUCAACGCCUCCAAAGGGAAGAACAAGUCUGUCACUCUGCACAUCCAAGGCCUGGACAGCACUCACAACCCACACCCACGGACCCCCCCCCCCACCCACGCCAAUACCCACCACCACGGACCCACCACCCCCCACCACCACCCCACGCCAAUCACACCAACACCGGACCCACCCCUCCCACCAUCCCACACGCAAUCCCACCCCACGGACCCCCACCUCCCACCCCCACCACAAUCCCACGCCCCCCCUAACCCACCCCACGCCAAUCCCACACACGGCCCCCCCUCCCACUCCACGCCAAUCCCACACCACGGACCCCCCUACCACACCACGCCAAUCCCACCCAACGGACCCCCCCACUACCCACCCACAGCCAAUCCCCACACCACGGCCCCCUACCCACUCCCACGCCAAUCCCACACCACGGACCCCCCCACCCCAAUCCCACCCACGGACCCACCCCACCCCAGCUUGAUGCCAUCACACACACACACACACCUGCCUACAGAGCUAGACACACAGAUUAGCCCAUUGGUUAAGUGUUUAAUUAAUAGUGUCCAUCUCUCCCUGAUGAGUCUGGCGUCGGCCAUCGCUUGCUACAAGGUGCUGUCAGCCCAACAGGUGGUGAGGAAUGAAGUUGGGGAGGAGGUCCUCCUCCCCCUCAGUGUGUGUGGUGGUAAUGUGAGGGAGGAGAACGUAUCAAUACCAGACUACCUCCCAGAAGACGAGAGUCCCGAGAGCGAGACGGACCGCGCCGUGUCCCGUACCGCAGCCAAGGACAACACCUCUGGCAGCUGGCUCAGCUCAGCAGCCACUUUCCUCACCAGAUCCUUCUACUGGUGAAACUGGGGCCGUCAGGAGCCGGCUGUUCUCACAGGGGACACCUGAACUGAGAACACAGCAGAACUGCACCCGUAUGGCUGCAUCCCCAUUCUACAACACAUCUCCUGAAGUGUACACUAUGGCUGCAUCCCAAUUCAUCUCCUGAAGUGUACACUAUUGUGCAUCCCCAUUCUACAACACAUCUCCUGAAGUGUACACUAUGCCUGCAUCCCAAUUCAUCUCCUGAAGUGUACACUAUCGCUGCAUCCCAAUUCAUCUCCUGAAGUGUACACUAUGGCUGCAUCCCAAUUCAUCUCCUGAAGUGUACACUAUGGCUGCAUCCCAAUUCAUCUCCUGAAGUGUACACUAUGGCUGCAUCCCAAUUAAUCUCCUGAAGUGUACACUAUGGCUGCAUCCCCAUUCUCAACACAUCUGAAGUGUACACUCCCCGUCAUGGAUUUAAAAGCAUUGGAUUGGUGUAAGCAUUGGCUGUAGGUGUGUACUAGGGGACAGAGAGAGAAACAGGAUGUGACCAGAGGUGUAAAAWGUAAAGAUACCUURAUAGAAAAUGACUCAAGUAAAAGUCAGACAGUAAAAUACUACUGGAGUAAAAGUCUAAAAGUAUUUGGUUUUAAAUAUACUUAAGUUCCAAAAGUAUGAAUUAUUUCAAUUUCCUUAAAUCAAGCAAAUCAGACGGCAUCAUUUGCUGUUUACAUGUUUUAUUGGCGGAUAAACAGGGUCAAACUCCAACACUCAGACAUCAUUUACAAACAAAGCAUUUGUGUUUAGUGAGUCCUCCAGAUCAGAGGCA